GUCACAUUCGUCAGCCUAGUUGGGUUAGGUUUUACGCUGGAUAUUCUAACGAGAAAUUUUUUGUUUGACGAUUGAUGUUUUCUCCGUGUCCGCCGUAGUUGAACGACGCCGAGUGUACGCUCAGUGACGAUCAGAGCAGUCGCGUUUCGCAGAGCAAACGAUCGCGAGGGGCUCGCGGAGUUUGGCGUAUAUGAGAUUUUAAACGGAAAAUGAGUCGACAUGAAGGGGUAAGCUGUGAUUCCUGUUUGAAGGGAAAUUUUCGGGGUCGUAGGUACAAGUGCCUAGUAUGCUACGAUUAUGAUCUAUGUGCCAGCUGUUAUGAGGGAGGUGCUAGUACCACACGUCACCUCACAGAUCAUCCUAUGCAGUGUAUACUUACUAGAGCUGAUUACGAAUUAUACUAUGGUGGCGAAGGAGUGAGUGUGGAGCAGCCUCAAUCUUUAACUUGUCCUUAUUGUGCGAAAAUGGGUUUAACUGAAGCUACAUUGCAAGAGCAUGUUGCUGCUGAACAUCCUGAUACUUCGUUUGAAGUUGUUUGUCCAGUAUGUGCAGCAGUGCCAGGUGGAGAUCCUAAUCAUGUAACUGAUGAUUUUGCUGGCCAUCUGACACUAGAGCAUCGUAGCGGACCAAGGGACCUGAUCUCCUUCUUGGAUGAACCAUCUGCAAGCAGGCAUGGAGUUAGACGGAUACCUCAUCCAUCUAGAGCAGUUGGCGCGCCGCGUGCUCGUCGGUCCAACAUGCAUUUCAGUUCAUCUGGAGGAUUGAGCCCGAGUAAUCGGGAAGGUAUAGAUCCAAUUGCCGAAUUGCUGUCCCAAUUAUCGGGAGUACGUAGAAGCGGAGCUGGAAGUGGGCAAAGUUCCUCGGCACCUUCGCAACUACAGCAAUUACAAAUGCAAUUGCAAUUAGAACGACAACAAGUCCGGGCUGCUAGACAACAACUCGAGCGAUUACCUAGGAGACAGACACAAGUAAUCGGUUCUGUGAGUGGUGGCAGUGGAAGUGCUAGUGGUGGUAGUGGUGGUCAUUCUACUGCUAUGGGAGCAUCAAAUAAUGCCAAUAGUAACAAUAAUGCGACCAAUGUGGCCAAUCCACCUGGUAUACCUUCUAUUAACUCACAGAAUGUUAUGUUUCUAUUACCCAGAUGCAUUACGACUACAUUGUCUGAUUCACAAUUGCAAAGUAUUGAACGCGAGAGUGCAAAUAGAAGUCUUUUUGCACGUGAACUUAUUGUUGCAACGCUUUCUCAAACAUUGUCAGAAUUGAUGCAACAGCAAUGUACCGUGCAAACGCCGGCGUCAAAUGCGACUACUGCCACGACCAGCCCUGAAACACCAAAUGCCAAUACUUCCAUCAUCCCUACAAAGAAAUUGAGUUUAGCUCAAGAAACAAAAAGGGAACAAGCUACAAAUAAACACAUGAUGACAUCUAUGCAACAAAAGGAAUCACAUAUUCUGCAGGCUGCUGCUGCUGCUACAACAACUGGUAGCAUGGGCUCAGGUCUACAAAAUCAGGGCUUAUCUGCGAAUCCUAAUAGCAUUGCAACGCAAAAUCCACCUAUAGUUCAAACAUUAAUGCACAGUGUGUGUCCUCAGUCAUUGGUACUGCAGCAACCACUGCUGCCACCGAUUAGGAAUACUGGUACUGGAACUAUGAGGGAACCGAUAGCAGCUCCGGCGCCCGCUUAUGUCAGAGGCGGAGUAGGUUCUUCGCGUAGGAAGCCGGUUAGGGCUGUAGAUGGAAGAAACCAAUCUACAGAGCCACCACCCCCACACUAACCCCUCCUUAGCCCGUGUACCCACCCAUCCUGAUUCCUCACACAGGACCCUCUAGCACUAGUCCUAGCACUGUUUAGAACACCUCAUCAUUAUUGUUAUUAUUAUAAUAUAUAUUAAUAAUUAUUCGAAACGCCCUCUCCUCCUUUUUUUCUCCUUCCUCUUCUUCCUCUUCUUCUUCUUCCUCUUCUUCUUCUUCCUCUUCUUCUUCUUCCUCAUCUUCUUGUGCCCUGCUACUAUUACUAUUUUCCCGAACUUUAAUCUCGCCAUCUAUACUGUUAUGUGACAUGAAAUAAGGGCAAAAGUUGAUUUACGCUGGUCCUUGUGGCAUAUCUGUGGAAUAAUAAUGUACAUAACUCACUUCUUGCAGUCAUUCUCGGAAUAUAUAAAAUUCGUUCGUGAAUACUAUUCUUUGAACGAAUCUUGCCACGUUCUUUCACACUGAAGUUCUACUAUGGCGUUAUCUCUUAUUCUCGCUGAGAACAGGUGUUGACGAAUAAAUGUGCUGUAAAAAGAAAGAUCUUAUGAAGACAGCGACAUUAGCGUUCACUAUUCAGUUCAUCAAAGUAUAGAAGGAUAGGGAUGUAUACACGAGAAUAUACUGUAUUGUGAUCCAGCAAAUCUAGACGAAUAUGUACAGGAAUGAAAUUUUUCAAAAUUACAUUGUGUACUAAUUAUAUAUGUUUGUUGUUACAAUAUAAGUAAAAUGAUAAAAACUUUGUUAAUUUAUAUAUGCAGCAUAAAUUCUAUCGAACAAUCGACUGCUAAUGUGCUAUGUACUUUAAAACACGGUAUGCGUUCUCUUUUUCAAAGAAAAAUACACGAACGCCUGGGUUGGUCCGUAUUACAUUAACGCUUUUAAAUUGUUAAAAACUAAUCUUCAGAUAACUUCUCCGGCGCACUAAUAGUGAAAGAUAAUAUAGACAAAACUAUUGUAGAGAUAAAUAAAUGAACUGUCACGAAUAACAGUGCAGAACAAUGUUACUGCAUAUUUUUCAGAUGACUACAUAGAUUUAAACCUCGUUAUAAUAGAGAAAAACUCCUCUGUAUGCUUUACAAUCAAUAAAUCAUUGGUAUAAUAUAUAAAAAAAUAUUAUUUUAUAAUCUACAAUUAUUAUUUGUAGCUAAUUAAACUUCCAUAAUUUUUCAAUUUGUUUUAAAUAAAAUUUACUCGUUGCAACACUAUAUGUCAAAUAAAUUUACGAAAAAAAAUAGGAAAAGAUACUGACAAAAUUUUAUAUACUAGACUAUCUUAGGUAAAUAGAUGUUUAAUAAAAUUAAAUUUGAUUUAGUAAAUUGGCACUAGCGCGCGGACCAUCCCUUGGCAAUUAUACAAGGCAUAAGAAGAUGAUGUCAUAAAGUGGAGAGAGAUUACAUUUAACUGUCAUAAAUUAUUAUCAUACGACAACUUUAUAAAUUAAUCUCUCAGAAUGGUUUAGCCUUUUGCGCUUAUUAAAUGGUAUUAAAUGUUUUAUUAAUAUUUAAUUAAAUACUUUGUCAGAGAUCAUUAUUUUUUAGAUUAUUGUGAAUUACAUAAUUGUAGAUCGUAAUUCAAUAUAGUUGUGGAAUAAACUUUUUUUUUUGAAAUUAAUCACAUCAUUUUAAGGCAUUAAAAAAAAAAAUAACUGUAAUAAUAUUUUUAAAAAAUUCUGUUUUUUCUUAAAACUAUACUUGGAAUAUAUAUCUAAUAUAUGUUUUAAGAAGCAUAACGUAAACUGUUUUAUUAUGAAUCAAUCACGGCAAUAAAAAUCUUUAAAUUUUUCUUUAAAUUUUUUUUGAAAGCGAGAUUUCGCGAAUAUAUUAAUAUUUUUAAUAACAAAUUAUUUGUUUCUUUUAUUUUUUUUCUGCACACACAAAGAAACAUUGGUAACAUUGUGUCAAAGUAUGCAUGUGAUGCAUUUGUAAAAUUUCUACUCAGAGAGUAGAAGAUUUCGAAAAUAUUUGUAUACAUAAGCAUUUUUUGUCUUUCUCAAAUUUUUAUUGUUUUUUCAUCUCUUUCUGCCUUUUUUCUUGCAUGCUCAUUGUCGCAUACAUAAUUUUCUGUCCUGUCAUUAAUUUCGUUAAUUCAAAUUAUCUUUUGCCUACUAUCCCGUGUGAGCGUGUAUCAGCAAGAUGUGGUGGUUCUGCGAAACGUGUAACAUUUUAUAAAAAAAAUAUGCAAAAAUUAAAUAUACACGCAAUGUGUAGAGAUCCGUUGAAAUAUUAUUUAGUGUGUGAAUCUAUAUUAUAGUAUGAAAUUCAGAGCUUGGUCAUUUUAUUUUCUAUGCGCGAGAUAUCGAGGAACUUUGAAAUUAAAAAUUAAAGAAAUUAGGAGGACAAAUUGUGUAUGCAAGGAAUGUGUUUAACUUUUAAUUGCCAUUUUUUGAUAUAUUUUAAUCUUCCUGGAUGUUUUGCUUAUCUCUUUAAUCUAUAUUCGACGUGUAUACACUUUAACGAGUAUUUUUUCGAAUAGCUAUUCACAAUCUUGUACUUUGUGCUGUGUAAUUAAUUGCAGUUUAUGAAGAAAUAGAUUCGAAACAAAUUAAACGGGAUACACUGAAUUGCCUUAAUGCAGGAUUCCUCAGAAAUUAAUGAAAGGGAUCGAUUACUCUCUUUGAAAGAUGGAUGUGUCUGCAUUGUGAAUAUCUUGCGCAUGAUGCUCCAAUGAAGCUCCAAGAAUUAAUACUGUACUGAGCUGAUCUUAAUAAACAUAUGCAUACGUAAAAUUAUCAAAUAACGGAUAUUGAGAGCGAAUUUAUUGUAUUAUUAUAUAUUCUGACCGAAUCAAUUAUUUAUUCAAAUAGAAUAUAUUAUGAUGAUUCUUGCCCAAAUUACGGAGGUCUAUAAUUCAGAAACAAAGUUUCUUGAUUCUAAAUCGAUAUAAAUCAUUUAAUUGAUUAGAAAUUGCGUUUUUUUUUUGUUUAAUUAAGUUUAAAAACAAAACAUUGCAUACUUUAUUUUUAUUUGAGAAAUUGUGUUUCCCUUAUUUCUACAUCACUAAUCGAACUGUCAGAUGUCAAAUUUUCUGUUUUCAUUUGAAUGUUUUUGUUAUUAUUAUUUACAACAUUAUAUAUACAUAUAUAUAUUUAUUACAUGAAAUAAUGUUGGAAAAUUUUUAGGAAGUUUCACAAAAGCUAUUUCAGCAUCUUUUCCCAGUCUACAUAAUGAUUGAUCAAGAUUCGUAGAUUUUAGCAAGAAAGACUUCAGAAUUCAUGCAAAUAAGCAUUUUGAAAAAUUUAUCAAUGAAUAUACGUACAAAAUUGAGCGUACUAACAUUAUUACAAUCCCUAAAAAAAAUUCUUACGAUAUUUUUUUCCUCAUUUUUCUUUUUGUUACAUAAAGUUAUCCUCUUCCUUUAUAAAUAUUUGAUUUAUAAUCAUUAUAUUUUUAUGUACCAUUAAUGUUUAUCACAUAACUGAAUUAUAACGUUACAGUAAAAAAAAUUUGAUUAAUUUGGCAAUUAUUCAUAAUUACCGAUAAUUAUUCAUAAUAACUAAUUAAUCAUAUUUACAGUAACAUAUAUACAUAUACAAAAGACAGAUGCACGUGAUAGCAUAUUAUUUCCUCAAUAUACGUCAUGCAAUAUUAUGUUUGCGCACGUGCCGAAGUAAAUUUGAAAUAAUGAUACAAUAUUGUAUAACUUUCAUUAACUAUACACAUAUACAAUAUUGUAUAUGUGUAUAGUUAAUAAAAGAUAUGUGAUAGAAUUCGAGAAAAAAGCAAAAGAAAAUAGAGAGCUUAAAGGGCAAACAUUAAAAACUGAAUCCUGUCAAAUCUCUGAUUUAUUAAUGAUUAUAUUACAAUCUUAUUAAUACAUAUUUUAUUUUAAUUAUAUUAGUCAAUUAUUUUUUUAGUUAUAUUAAUUAUUAAUGUAAUAAUCUUAAGACUUGUGUAUAUCUAAAUUUGCAACCCAAAUGAAGAUGCCUGAUUAUAGUAUACAAUAGACAAUUAUCAAUCGUUUUAAAACGAAGGGAAUGCCAUUGUAAUAUAUUGCGUUAUCAAUGUGUAUGAAUGGAGAUUAAGCGAGGUCACGCUAUCAUUCGCAACAAUUAUAUAUUAUAUAUAAAUAUAAAUAUGAGAAUGAUUCUGAUAUAAUACAUGCAUAUGUUUUUUUGUUGAAAUGCUUUAUUUAACAUAUUUAUGUUACGAUAGCGCAAUAUGUUUUCAUUACAUACAACAUGAAAUGAGAAAUUCUCCGCGGUUAUUUUUCUUAUAUUUGUUGCUCUUAAGGCGAGAUUAAUUUAAAAAUCUCGUCGUUAUAAUAAAUGUAAUUUUAUUAAUUAGUAAAGAAUAUAUAACGUGUCUGUACGAAAUGUCGAAUAGGGAUAAUGAACAUAGAGAAUUUGAAGAUAAUACACGUAUAUAAUACUUCAAUCUGUCAUUGUAAACCGUAACGUAUCGAUUCGUUAUAAUGCAAAUCGGUAUCAUUCUUGUUUAAAUAAAGAAACAAAAAAAAAAAGGUUUUGCAAGAAGAGUAUUAAGAGUAUUAAGUUUUUUUGUGUUAAUUAUGCUAAAAAUCAGAAUUUGUCGUAAUUAUACCGGUUUCGAUUUAAUUAGAAGCGAGCGAUAUACUUGAUAAAGGAAAAGAAUUAUAAAAGUUAGAGAAAAGCUGCAUGUAGUAGAUGUGUAAAGAUAGAAAAAAAUGUGCUGAUUAUAGUUACCUUGUGUGCGAUCCAAUUCCUCUGCAAGAAAAAUUUUAGACGCAGUUUGCCAUUGUAUUACUUCUUGGAAGAAUCAUGCGCUAUGUAAGACAGAAAGAAAUGAUAGAAGAAAAUAACAAAGUUCUUUUGACUGGAAGAAAUUCUAUUUUUUCUAUUUUUUAAAACAGGAAAGAAACAUAAAAAUGAAUAGGAAAAAACGUUUGUUUCUCAUCUUAAUGCGAUGUCUCAUAUAAAUAUCUAUCAAAUUGUAGAAAUCUAUUAUAUUAUAAUUGUAGAAAAAUAUUAUCUUUUAUAUUGGCAAUCAAGUUGAUGUUUUUUAUUAGAUAGAUACUUUGAUUGAAAACUUCUAUUAAGAAAUUAUUUGAAAUAUCAAUUAUACAUAAAUAAUAACUUCGGUAAAUAUAUACAAUUUUACUUUCACAUUUUGACAGAUAUCUUCUUGUAUAUGCGUAAUCAAAUUGAGAAGAGAAAGAAUAGGAGACUUAUAUUAUUUAUUUGGUGAUCUAAUUUCAUAAUACAAUUUCAUACUAAUUGAUAGAUGAUUAUGUCCCGAUUUAUAUCACGAAAGAGAGAUGUUCGACAUAAUUGUUUUUAUUGCUAUGGUCACGUUAAACCCAUCCGUUUUAAAGGAUAAAUAGCCAAAAAUUAAAAUAAGAAAUUUAUUAAAUUUUAUGCGAAAGCUUAAAAAUAAUUAUGGAAAAUAUACGUGUUCCUUCCAUUUGUAGAGGAUUAUUUAGACGAUCUAGAUGCAUAAUAUAAGAUACUUAUGCAAUUGGUGUUAAGAGUUUGCUUUUUGCGAUUGUUACGCUCACAUCGGAUCACUUUAACGCGGUCUAGUUUGUCAAUGUAAUUAAAAAAUUCUUGAUUAGUGACAUUACUUUUUUAGAUGGAAAUUUUCUUUAUUCCAGUGUAACUUAAUUUUUAUAAAGAUAUCAAUUAAUUUAUUGAAGAGAGAAUUUAAUUAUUUGAUCAACAAGCGAUAAAAACAAAUUUUAAGCGGUUAAGUUAAUAAAUCACCGAUUAAGUAUUGAAUAUUUUUAAUAUCGAAUAUAUGAGAUUUUUUUUUGCAUACAACUACAGGAAUAGAUUUCAGAGUUCUGAAUGAUAUGUCUUGUUAAAAAUUUUUCUCUAUGCUGGAGUACAUAAUUACACGAAUUACCAUGGGGAAGUUCAUGGAUUUUUACUUGACUUUUAAGAUGAUGAUGCUAUACGAAUAUGUAUGAAUACAUGAUUGUAAUGAACGAAAGUGAGAGCAAAUGAAUAAAUAAGAUGGAGAAAAAAGAGAGAAGAUGAAAGAUGAGAGGAUGCAUUGAUAAUCGAAAUCUUGUGCGUGAUAGAUACGCGGUUAAAACGGAAAGUGUUGAUUAAUAUUAUUGCUAAUCACUAAUAGCGAAGAAGAGAGAGAAUUCAAGUAAGAUCUUAUAUAUAAUAAUUAUUGAAAUGUGUAAAUUGUGUUUGGUUGUAUUUUGUGUUAUAUGCCUCUGAUGCUGAAUAUAAUGGAAAUUCAAUUAAGA